AUGGCGUCCUUACUAAGCUUUGGAACUUUCACAAACAUUGGAGAAAAAUCUUCCAAUAGUUCUGACAGCUGGCAAGAUGCGAACAGUGCAUUGUCAGAGCUUGAUAAAGGUAAUAAAUGCUACUUUGCAGACAAGCUUUAUUCCCAAUAUCCCAAAAUUUAUAAACCGUAACACCAGUCUGCAAGCUGUCGUAAGUCUCACUCAAGUGUCGACAACAGGGAUGAUUUUAUUUUCAUUUUAGGACUGCGAUCAAGUAAAGCUGGAGAACAGUGUGAGGCAAUAGUCAGAUUCCCUGGGUUAUUUGAGAAAUAUCCCUUCCCAAUUUUAAUCAAUUCUGCUCUGCUAAAGCUGGCUGAUGUCUUUCGUAUCGGGUAAAGAGAUUAUUUUUAUGUCAAUUAUGUGUAAUUUGAUCGAUGUUUCAUGUGAAAGAAAAGGGAAUUGAGCACAUCUGUUUCUUCGCAUUCUGCUAAAAAUCAAAUAAAAACGUAUAUUCCAUGCCUAUGUUUCUCCUUUUUUUCGCAGGAGUAAUUUUUUGCGGCUUUGCAUUCUGAAGGUUAUUCAACAAAGUGAAAAACACCUGGAUAAGAUUUUGAAUGUGGAUGAAUUCUUGAAGCGAAUUUACUCUGUUAUUCAUUCAAAUGAUCCAGUGGCAAGAGCCAUCACUGUCAGGUGAAUUGAAAAAGGAUUGUUUAUUCAUUGAACAGAUUAUAGGUUAUUAGUGGAAUGGGUUCUUCAGCUGCAUAUAGAGGCAACAAAAUGAUUUUUAUGAUCAUGUGACAUGAUCGUGCAAGUGAGAGUAGCCUUGUAAAUGAAUGUUGUUUGAGGUAAUUGGAGACACUUUUGAUAAACUCAGCAGAGGUCAUGGUCAGAGCCAUAAAAAAAAAUUCAUACUCUCAAAAUGACUUUUGAGGGCAUGAAGGUUUCAAUUCUCAUCCCAUGUCUGUUGAAAGUUGAUUCAGUGUAAUAAAGAAUAUUGUAUUGCAUUUGUUACUUAUUUCAACAUAUUGCUUCUUUAGAGUUCUUGGUAGUAUUGCUUGUAUCGUCUCUGAAAGAAAGAAUGUCCACCACAGGUAAACAAUGUUUGACUGUAAUACUUAGCAGUGUUUUCUCCACUUUAACCUUUUGAUCCCUAUGGGUGACUAGCUUCUAAAAUCUCUUUACAAUAUAUCCUCUGAAUCAAACAUGAAGGUCACGAGAAUAAAGGAAAUGAUCACCAACUGAAGAAGCUCUUGAUUGUUAAACAAAUUAUCCUUGUCAGCACCUUAGGAAAUAUACAGAGAGCAGUGUGGAGAAUAUUUGUACUGAUGUUGAGGUGUAAAGGGUUCGAUGAUUGAUUCUAAUAAGAACACUCAGGUUGAAGUUAACAUAAGUAGUGGAUUUAAUAGAGACAGUUUUUUUUUUUGUUCAAAUUGUUGAACUGAAUAUGAAAACCUCCUCUUUGUCACAUUGUAGCAUAAGAAGCAGCUUGGAAUCACAUGAUCAGGUGGAAUUAGAGGCUGCAAUUUUUGCAACAGACAGGCUUUGUGCACAGUCCAGGUGAUAAAUGUCUAUAGAGGUCAUAAAAAAUUAAGGAUUAGUCCUGACAACUCAAUUUAUGGUUGACAUGUAGCUGUAACAACUCAAUUCAUUUUGUGAAAAUCUUUGUCCAAGUCAUAUAGUACGGGUAAUUUUGCAGUGUCAAUUAGUUUUUGUGUUUUUGGUGAGAAAAUGAGUGGACUGUUUCACUGAGUGAGUAAAUUUGUUCUGCUCUUGGCAACCCUUGUUGAAGAUUAUGACUAAGGCCUUCUAAUGCUUUGUUAUCUUACAAUUACAUGUCUGACUCUUUCUCUUUUUUUUGUUACUGACAGAGAAUUUGCCUCUGGUCUCUACAACAAAAUAGCACAGCUUAUUGAAGGUAAGUUGAGAGUGUGUUUGUACAGAUGCUUGACAAUAUUAUGUACUUGUGAGGGCCAUAAUGCACUUAUUUACUUUAUUGUUUUCCUGUUAGGGUUGUAAUGUGGUUAUUGACAUUAUUAUUUCUCUUUUAGGACUGAAUACUCCUGUGGAGAUGAAGCUGAAGUUAAUAUCUAUUUUCAGACAUAUGCAUUAUGACUUACAGCUGACUGCAAAGGUAAACUGAAAUUUAACUGAAAUAUCAGAUAUCAUCUCUUAUUUCCUAGCAAAAAUUCUCUUGGUUAAUGGUGUUUGAAGCAUGAUCACAGUGACAUCACAUUUAAGCACUGUGGCAAUAAAUAGUUUUUAUGUACUGCUUAUCAAAUAUGGUUUGAAAAAAUACUCAUCUGUGUAAUACAGGACUAAACCCUUUCACCCCUAAGAGUGACCAGCAUCUAAUUUCUCUCACAAAAUCACUUCUGAAUCUGACUUUGAGGUCAUGAGAAUAACAGAAACGACCAAGAACUAAAGAAUCUCUUAACUGUUACUCAAAUUCUUCCUUGUCAGCAACUUAGGAAAUUUUUAAAGAACAGUACAAAGAAUAUGCAACAUGAUGUUAGGGUGUAAAGGACUCAAAAGAUUGAUUUUUUUUUGUGGUCUUCUUCUCUACAGGUCCAUGAAUUAUGUUCCUCUCUUCUUGCUUCUCAUCCCACAUGCCAGUUUGUUGUUGUCACCUUACACACCUUAUCUUGUCUUGCUGUAUCAUCAGUGAUUGACAUCCCUAAACAGGUAAGACUGGCUUGUUACUUAACCUGGUCGAAUCACUGAACCGAUGAACACAUGACUUCUCCAUGCCUAGUCAAUACACUAUUCAGGGAACUCUUCUUGAGAGUAUAAAAACCAAUCAGGGGAAGCAUAUCAUCUCAAUGUAAAAUACUCUGACUUUUCAUAAAAUACAAGGAAAAUGUAGCAGCUAGAGGAAACAAUUUAAAGUUCAUAGAAUUUUUGAGCUUUUUUUGGUUAACAAAGUUUUAUCCAUUUUUAUCUCUGUUGAAAUGAUGAGAAAAGAAGCCAAGUUCUAAAGACUGAAACGAAUAAGUAUAUGAAGUUCUUAAAAAUUAUCUUGCAGACUGAGUUGUUACUGAAGUACCUAACACAAGAUCCUAGAAAAGUAGUUAAGAACCACACCCUUUCAGAUUUAAGGAUGCUAGCCAAGGGGGCACCACACAUGUGGAGAAUCCAGGACAUCGAGGUACUGUGAUACCUAAGAUCUCAAAUCCUUCACUUUGUUUUGACAAGAAACUAAAAUUUGAAGUUGUCAGCUUUAUAGUAAUUUGCUAAGUCGAAUGGUUAUGUUAAAUUGAAGUGUCAACUUCACUGCAAUAAUCCUGUCACUCUUUCAUGUGCAUGCCAUCAUAGCAGUCAACAGUCUCCAUUAGAAAACAAUUACUUUUAUUAAUUUAUCUUUAAAUUUUAGGCUACUUACUGUGAUGUUUGAUUGCUUUAAAGUCAAGAUGAAUUUCAACUGAACAUACGUGAAACAGUUACAGUAGCAAGACCAAAAAAACUAAAAAAAAAAUUGAAAAAUGACCAUACUAGUAGUUUUCUGUGAGACAAGCCAAAGUCAAGGAUUUCAUUUCUAAAUCUUCAUUCAAUCCAUUUGUUAACAUUUUUUUCUUGUUCUAUCCAGGCUCUCUCUGAAUUUAUUUUGAGUAGCUGUUAUGAUAACCUUACAUUUUCUGCAUUGAGGACAAUGGUAACUCUAUCAAGAUCAGAGGCUGUAGAUCUGCUCAAGAGUGAAAAAGGUAAAUUUGGUGACUUUAACCCUCUCACUCUUAAGAUCUGAUUGUCAAUUCUCCCCACUAGUGGCUACAAAUUCACUUGUAAAUUAGUUAGGACAAUUUGGUGUUAAAUCAAAAUAACAACUUCUACCUGAUAAGUUCAAGUAUUAUCAUUACCUGUUUGUUUGAUAUUAUAAAGUAAUUUCCAACAUUUGAGUGACAUGGGAACGAAUUAGUCAGAAGUUAAUAUUCUGAUGGCACUUUGAGGAAGAAUACAUUUCCACUCAUUUUUUGGUCACAUCUAAGGAGUGGUUUUUAAGUGGUUUUUCGAAUCUGGUGUAGCACAAGUUCUUUUUGUAGAACCACUAGUUUCAGGGUGCACAUGUUAAGGCUGUAUCAGGAUGUGUAUACUGGAAGACUGACUGACUCAUCUUAACUAACUUUCGUGUAGUCAGAAUUGGAUGUCAUAAAGAGAAAUUACAUGUUUAUUACUUCUGGGAGUUAAAGGGUUAAUAUUUUAUUUAAGCUUUGAUUUUAAUAAUUCAGCAAUACUUUAGAUUAGAGAAUAAAGGAAAUGAUCACCAAUUUAAAGAAGUUCUUGAUUGUUAAACAAAUUCUCCUUGUCAGCACCUUAGGAAACGUACAGAGAACAUUAUGGAGAAUUUGGAUACUGAUGUUAGGAUGUAAAGGGUUGAAGUGCUAUGUUGAUGAAAAUUUUUCUUUUCUCUGUUCCUGACUUUUCAGUCCUUGAAAUCUGCCAGAAAGAAACAAAUUCCUAUAACUCUACUAUAGCAGCCUUAGCAUCAGAACUCCUUGUCAACAUUGCUGUGGCAGGAAUUAAGUCUGGUUUGUUUUAGAACUUUUUUCCUUUUUGUUCUAUCUAACUCAUGUUUGCAUAUAACAAGAGGGUGUUUUUACAUUUGGUAGAUCAUUUGGAGAUGGAAUUGGUAUAAAACCAGAAUUUUUCUUAUCUCUAGCUUAGGAUAAUUUUCAUUUAUGUGCUAUUAAAAAGUUUGGGACAAGUUUUUUGGAGAUAUCUCUGUGACAAAUCUCUUCUUUUGUACAGCAUCUACCAUUUUCUUACGGUGAUCAUUAAUACAGACUCAAACUGAUUUAAAAUUGUUUGAAAAGCCUCCUUUUUGAAGAGCUAACAAAGCAUGUAUGUAUAUGCAAUUUGUUUUGUCGCAAAAUUCUUUCACAAGGAGAAAGUUUCCCACAAAAUCAUUCCAUGUCACACAAAAGAAAUCAUUGAAAAGGGGUCACAACAUGUUCCUGUGUUGUCCAUUGUGGACUGCUGAGCUUGGGAUCCAGUGGUUAUCUGAGGUCAAGAAUGUGCAGAGUUUAUUCCAGUCUUAGACAAAAUACAGUUUUGCAAUUUGAUUUAAUUCUUCCAUACUCUGUAGAUAAAGAGGACAGCAGCCUUUGUGAACAAGCAGCUGUUGCAUUGGAGAGUGGUGCUGUUGUCUGUUGUGUAAACAAUCAACUUCAGCCAUUGAAGGUAUUCCUUGAUGAACCUUUGAAGAAAAAUAUGCAAGAACGGAUGUACAAUAAUCACAAAUGAUGUACUUUUUAUCUUUUUCUGUACAGGUUUGUUUGUCAUCAAUGAAUUGUUUGGUGAAUAGUUCCCCUGAGGUGGCUCCCAUCCUGGUUGAAACUGUGUCCAGCUUGCUUCCAACUUCAUCUGGUUAGUGUUCAAUUUCUUUGCAUUAUUUCCCCAAUUCUUUACACAAAAAUGAAAGAGCUAGUGUUAGAGUGAAAUCUUGCAGAUCAUCAAACCCUUAUAAUAUAUAGCCCUAUCAUCCUGGUUAGGUGUCUGCUGACAUGUAGCCUACAGUUGGUAAUCUGUCUGUGAUCUGUUGGUCAGUUGUUGGCAAUAGUACUGUAAUAUUGCCUUAUUUAUUGUAGUGCCCCAAACCUGAGGGGACAUAACUACUGCUUUCAGUUGCAAUACAUUGUUCUGCUGAAAGGUUGUAGGAAAGCAAAACCUUUAAAAGCUUAUCUUGACCCAAUACUAGAUUCUCCUUGCUGAUUUCAAGAAAUGAGUAUGAAUUAGUGGGGAGAAUUUCAAAUCAGAUAUUGGGAGUUCUUUUUUCUUGUUUUGGUGGUGAAGAGAAGAAUUCUAAAUCUCUGUCAUUUUGUUCCUCUUUUCAGGUCCAAUAGCACUUGAGCUGUGUCAUGUGAUGGUCACUAUGGCAACACAGAUUCCAUCUUUACUUGCACCUUUAAGAAGUGAAAUUGUCUCACACUUUGCCAAAGUAGUAGUAAUUGCAGAUGAUGACCGCAAGGAAUCAAAAGAUUUAGUGGUAUGUGUUUUUUGAGAGACUUGCUGUUUGUCUGAAGACCUGUUUUUUUAAAUACUAAGAGUUUUUGUAUCUUCUCUGCACCAUAGGUUGGUAUGGCAACAUUGGUUUUACAGUCUUAUCAAAGUGUUUCACACAAUGAGGAUGAAGAUUCAGUGGCAAACUUGGAAAAGAUGUUGCUGGAAAACCUGGGAAAGUUAACAACAACAUCAAGAUACUGGACCAUGUUCAGAGUUGGCAAACAGGCUACAAGACUGGUUAGUUAGUCUUUGUACUGUAACACUGUUUGGUCCAUUUUAUGUACCAAUGCCUUUUUUAUCUGUAUAGGAAUGCCAGCUCUAGAGCUCUAGAUUAGCAAGUUCAUAUUCAAUUCCUGCCCAUGGGAAAUCAAUUUGUGCUCUGGAUUAAGAUGGUUAACCAAUGUAAAUUGGCCACUACAAAGAGUGUCUAAGCUUACAUUUCAAGUGUUCACCCCUCAUCAGAUCAAAUGAAAGUUGCUUUCAAAGUUUGCUCUGAUGAAGGGCUAAUGCCUGAAACAUCAGCUUCGAAACUAUUUACGAUGGCCAAUUUAUUUUAUCAACUCAGUUGAUAAUACUAAAUUACCCUGUUAUACUCUCCCACUAAUGCAGCACCACAGUUUCUUUAGAAACUUACCCCCUUUAUUCAAGGCAUGUUUCAUUAAAUAGCUAUCAUUUAGCUUAAUAGGUGUUCAAACAAUAUGGAUUGCUGAGAUAAUACACCAAAACUAGCCAAUCAAAACUGAGAACUGAGAUUGUAGUCUCAAAGCUACAAACAUCCCAAAUAAACUGACCAAUCAGAUUCCAUACAUCAGAUUAAAAACUUUUGACAGAUGAAUGACUUUCUACUUGACUCUGAUGCAGACGCUUACUCAAGUUGUCAAAAUGUCUACUGCUGUCACUGAUGACUGGCUUUUUUAGGCCUGCGUAUACCUGGGCAAUCCCACCUAUGCAACUGCAAAGGCUAAUAGCUUUGUUUUAAAGACCUGGUAUCCUCCCUUGAAUUGCUUGAUGUUAUGAUACUGGGCCCAGUUUUUUGAAAGCCGAUUAGCGCUAACCCAGGGUUAAAUUUUAAUCUGGGUUUCUAUACUUCUUUGUUUGAUAGCCUUUUUGGAAUCAUUUUCUCAACUCUAUAUGGAGCAUCCAAUCAUCAAAUUGUUGACAAAAAGAAUUCUACUGAAUUUUCCUUAAAAGCUUCCAGAGCUGAAAUCCGAUUUCACACUAACCCUGGGUUAUCUAAACCCAGCUUUGAACAACCCAGCCCUGGGCAUUUAGCCAUCUUGAAACCUGAAUAUUUGUUACAAAUUUUACUUAUCAAGAUCCUGACUUAAUUCUAACAAUUCAAAAUGUUAAGCCUGAACUUUUCCUUUAUCAUUUCUCAGGGUUUUCACAGCUUUGCGGCCAAAAUUUUUGGAAACCUGUCAUCUAAGGUAUACAGUGUGAUGCAAUUUCCACAUGAACUGUUUUAGUUUUAAUGCAUAGGGAAAGUGAAUUCUAACUUAAUACUGGUGACAAAUAGUGCAUGAAAGUCCAUGAUACAAGAAAAUUGUUUAUCUGUUACUUAGAACAUAAGAGUUGUCAUUGUGGUCUUAACCCUUUAACUCCUAAGAUCUGAUUGUCAAUUCUCCCCUCUGGCUGCUACAUGUUUCUUGGUAAAUUGAUUAUGAGAGUUAGGUGUUCAUGCAAGGUAAUAAAUUUUACCUAAUGAGUUUGAUUGUUCUCAUUACCUGUUUGCUGUGUAAUGUAUGGAUACUGUAGAGAGAGGUUACAUGGUAAUCCCUUCUGUCAGCUUAAUUGGAGGGAGAUGCAUUGGCCUGAUAGCUAGGGGCCAGGACUCCAGGUCAAGAGGUCUGGGUUGAAGACCUGGUGGGGGGGAGCGUGUUGCAUUCUUGAGAAAAACUCUUCACUUUCACAGUGCCCCUCUCUAUUCAGGAAUAUAAAUGGGUACUGGGGAACUGUCAGGGAACCCUUCUAGGGAGUAACCUUGCAAUAAACUGGUAUCCCAUCCAGGGGUAGUAGUAAUACUUCUUGUCACCCUAUGUCAUGGAAAUCAGGAUGAGGUCCCCCCCCUCCCCGAAUAGGCCACUUGGCUUGAUUACAGACUUUAUCUUUCAGCCUUUUUGCUUUAUUAUCUUUCAGGUGGCAUCAGAACACUUCUACUUCUGGUUAACUGCCUUAAAGUGUUUUUGUGAGGCAGAGAGUUUGCUUAGUGUCCCGUGUGAUAGUCAGUUAAUGUUAGCUAAACAGAUAUCGGAAGCUUGUGCCAAAUACCAUAAAGGCAUUACGACCCUCAAGGUUUGUGUAAAUGUUAAUGAGCCAAAAAUAAAACUGAAUAACUUUAGAUGGUCUUUUUGUCACUCUAAACCUAAUUUCAAGUACUAGUGUAUUAGGAGUCAAUAUCACCUCUGAAUCACACACGAGAAUGAAGGAAGGGAUCAUCAACUCAAGAUUGAAGCUUGUGAUUGUUAAACAUAUUCUCCUUUUCAGCACCAUUGGAAAUUUAUAGAGAACAGUAUGGAGAAUAUGCAAACUAAUGUUAGGGUGUAAAGGGUUAAAAAAAAACCAUUCCGCUUUGAAUUGGUUGUUUGCUUUGGGGUACUUUUUUCAAUGAUUUUCUAACGAUAUGAUGGUCGCUCUUCGUUUUCACCAGGCUUCUGUGUCUUCCAACAACCAACUGUCAUUCCAAUGUUCAUAUGCCAGUUUGAGGGCAGAAACGUUCCAGGCUCAUAGUCUGCUCCUCGCAUCUUGUGCCACCAUGAAAUCCUGUCCUCCGCCUGCCAUUGCAACGGCUGUUGCCAUGGCGACUGGUCAAGAUGUUCAGCGGUUGAGUCACUUUGCUGCUCAAGUAAGUCUGUCAGGAAAAAGAGAUUUCCUAUCAGAAGGGAGUUUUUUACGUUGCUCGUCUGAAUAAAUGUUAAAGCUGUGAGACAGCUAGUCUUCGUGUUAGGUUUUUUUUCCUUCAAUUCAUUAAAGAUUUUAAUGUGCUCACAGAAUAUUCGAUUUAAGGUAGCACUUACGAAACAGUAUUAUUUUUUCUUAUUCAGAUGACUGAAUGCAGCAAAGUUUUCCGUAAUCUUGGUGAGAGUUAUGGACAGUUAUAUCGCACUUCAUUUAAUGCAGACCCUGUGAGCCUCAAGAACAUCGAGACGUAUCCUUUCACAUGAUUUUUCGUUGCUCAAUUUGAUCACGAUAACGUAACAAAUAAGGUCUUUUCAAACGAGUACCAUUGUUGCCUACAUACAUACAUACAUACAUACAUACAUACAUAAUUUAUUUGAAUAAGGUCAUGAUAAGGGCAGCUUUCGCUGAUGUAGACCUCCUAACUACAUGCUAAAAUAUUUAAAAAAAAGAGAACCUAAUAACAUAAUCUUAAGAACUUUAUAAAGUAUAAAAUAUAGAUCAUCUAAUAAAUUAUUAUUAAUGAAAUAAUCAAAUAUAAAUAUGAAUCUAAUAAAUAAGUAAUUAAUUAAAAAAAUAAUCACUUUCAAUAGUAUAUAAAAUCUUCAGUUUUCCCAUUUAAAUUAUUGCAUUGUCCCUUUAUGUAACUAAUAGUUUCCAUCAAUCUUGAUUUCUUUUUUAGAGCUAAUUUAAAAGAAUUCAUAUUUCGGCAUUUCUUAUUUUCUGUCAAAUAACCACCGUUGCAUCUGGCUUCAUGUUCAUCUUGAACCCUUUCGUCUCUUUUGCCACUGAUCCUCUCCACGUCUGUUUGUGUCGUACACUUUUUCUCUCUCCUGAAUGAAGUCCAUCUCAAGGCAAUUCUAGUCACUGAUGGGAGUCAAAGGGCUAAACGUCUCCCUUGGAGAUCGUGGUCGUGAAAUUUCGAGGAUUUUCCAGAAAUAUCUUGGUUUUUCUAUGAAGUAGCAAUUUGUUUUCAGUAGCAUGUAUUUUCUUUAACACGUAAUUCAGUCUUCAGCAGAGCUGUUUAUUGAUAUCCUACAGUAUUGAUGUACUAAUGAAGACAUCCCAGCCCAGGUACGGUCACUGAUAAUUUUCAGAUUUCAUUACAUCCAAUUUUGAAACCACUGGUGAUGCUUGUAAUCUGAUUGGCUCUCAUUGGUGCGAUUUAUUCACGAACCGAUGACUGUGAAUAUAUGAAAAUCAUAUAUGUGAACUGCGGUUUUUCAGAAAUGAAUAUGAAAGCGAUCUUCGUAGUAAUGAACACUAGUUAAGCAGUAGUGAAAAUAAGGCCUGAAAAAAAUUCAGGAUUGUACAGAUUUGAACCUACGACCUUUGCGAUACCAGUGGAAUGCUCCACCAACUGAGCUAACAAGACAAUUGAGGGCUGGUCAUAAUGUUGGUUCGUAUUAAUGGCUUAAUUUGACUAUUACACAGAAUUAUGUUGAUUUGUUAAUUUUUUAAUGCAAUUUUCCUCCAGUUCUGUGGGUGAACAACGAAAUAGAUCCUCAGCUCUGAGACAAAACGCACUUUCUUUGGCGUGUACAGACAUUUUAGAAACAGUAGAGGUUGGUUUUGUCCCAGAUUUUUCUCUUUUUUAUCUUUACUUUUUGAUGGUGAAUUUCGUUUUAGUGUCAGGAAACCAAAAGUAAUCGCAAUGUCCUGUCAUAACAGAGAAACAAUCUCAAGAAAUCAAGGAGAAGUUGAAAUAAAGACAAGCAAACAACCUGAAGCGCGGGAAGAAGCAACUGAAAAAGUCGCCGUUGGUUUUCAUUUUGCAUCUGAUUGGUCGAAAGUUCGGCGCGAGAUUUCUAAACUAAUCACUGAGCAAAAGCAAAACCGAUGCAAUGUCGAAGAUUAUUUUCCUCACUUCAUUCAAAAUUGCUCAUACAGUUAAAGUGAAUGGUCUGUUUUUAUGAUAAUUAAUUUCAGAACCUUGCAAGUCAACUUGAAGCUCUUCCUCUUUGUCAUUUGGUAAGCCUGUAAAAUAUUGUGUUUGAGUACUUAGUAGACGAAACACGAACAUGCCGGCCGACAUAUUGCUGACCAGACUUCCCUUACAAACAGAGAGAAAUAAACAAAAGGAAAGCGUUCUUCUCUUAGAAGUAAUCACUGUAUUAAAGAAGCUUCAGUUCCAAACACUUUAAAGUGAUUUGUUUCAUGACUGAACAUUUCCAAACUUCGGGCUCAAAAGAUCAUAAUUAUUUGCCCUUACUGCUACAUGUCCCUUUUUCUGGCUAUCCUGAAAAUUUCACAUCAAAGCAGAGUAAUGUUUAACAUAUUAGAUUCUUCAUUAAGAUCACUUGUGUGGUUUACAAUCCACUGACCUUGUUGGAAGCUUACCAGCUUUUUUUUUUCUUUCAGCAAACCGAGUGUCUUAUUCGUGCUUCAAUGACUCUGAUCAAAGUACCUUUCAUAUUUCCAAAGUACUUCUUUUGCAGCCAACAAUCUACGUCCAUCAAGGUAAGUGACCUCUCACUGGUUAUAUUGAGCGCUUUUCAAUUGAAUGUCGUAGAACUAAAACCAAAGUUAUAUCAACAACCAACCAGUAGGAAAGAAAAUAUCUUAGAGCCAACGAGAGCCAAAGCGCGGGAAAACGCACACGACCAGGGCGCGAUUUUUUUCAGUUUUGCAUCUGAUUGGUUGAUAAAGUGGUGCGAGUUUCCUGUACUGAUCUUAGAAUUAAGUUAAGUGAAACCAAAACAGUCAAGAGUUACUUUGGACACUUAAAUGAAAAUUACUCUAAGUAAUGAUUUUUGGUCAGUCAGUGUGUUUCAUUACGGUACACAACCGGAAACUCCUUGACUUUGAACUGUUUUUGUACUUAUUUGACGUGACAAUAGGAUUUGAAAUGUGAACUUGGAGGAGAGCCACCGCGUCUUCCUCUGGUUCAGGGAAAGACGCAGAAUUCACCUUUGACCAAUCAACAAAUCGUGACCCUUUUCAUCCCUUUUUACCAUCAGUAUGCAUAUUUUCCAUACCAUACUCUUCACAUCUCCCAAGGUGCUAACAAGAAGAAUUUGCUUCACAAUCAAGAGCUUCUGUAGUGGGCGGUCAUUUCUUGUAUUUUUUAAAACGAACCUUAACCCUUUAACUCCCAGAGGUGAUUAAAAAGUAACUUCUCCCUACAAUAUCCAUGCAUUUUCCAGCAAACAGGUAAUGAGAAUACUCAAAUGUAUCAGGUAGAAGUUAUCUUGAUCUAACACCAAAUUCUCGUAAGUUAUUUACAAGGAAGUGUGUAACAGCUAGAGGAGAGAAUUAACAAUCGGAUCUUGGGAGUUUAAGGGUUAAUGUUUGAUUAGUAGUGAUUCUGUAAGGAGAAAUUAGAUUCUAUCCACUCUUAGGGGUUAAAAGGUUGACUUAUUUUUGCAGCUGGCGUUAUCUCCCUCGGCCCGGUCCCCUGGAGAGCCUAUCACGGUCAGUUUGGAUACACAGUUUGUUCUCAAGGUGGAAGGAGUAAUCGAUCAUGGACAGCGACCAGGUUUGGAUUAACUUCACAACUAUGAAGAAUUUUUUGGAAUUAAAUGGGAAGUGGAAUUCGAAAGGGUAAAGCUUUGAUACGUCCCUUUUUGCUUUGUGCCCAGGCCUUUUUCGUGAUGUCCAGUCCGUCUGUUUGUCAGUAACUUGGCAGGCUGAGGAGAAGAAGCAGCAAACCCUGGAUGGAAAGGUUCGUCUAUGGUUUAAUUUGGAAUCGUUGGCCGUGAAUUUAUUGCAGCGUACCAGAAAUGAAUGACAGUGCUGUGAAAGGAUAAAAACAAGAGGCUUUUGGAGUUCUAGCUUACGAGCAAGCCCUCAUUGUAGGUUCUCCAGCACGAGUGUUUCUUCACCUGCAUGAAAAUAUAAGGUCUUGAGCAUCGCGAACCGGCGGAAGGUCUGCAAGGUUCUGGCACUGACUAUUAAUGCCAGACCCCCCAGUAAACCUCUCCCCAACUCGUCUCAAAUCUAUCGCUCGUCCCGCAGCGCUUUUAGUGAUGGUCCGUUCGCUGGUUAGUGGAGUUCGCCAAAUUUCCUAAUCAUCCAUCCUUUCAUCUGUUCAUUUUUUUCCUUCUUUCUCAUAAUUGCGGCUUUUUAGCUUCUUGAAGAUGUUCGCUGAAAGGAGUAACACGGAACUGUUCUAAACUGUAGUUCCCUUAAGUUUUUUUUUGUUUAAAUUUGAAUUAAGAAAUUAAUUUGUGAAUCAUCUCUGUUUCAGUCCUCGCGCGAUUGUGUGACUAGUUUAGAACAGUCGGUGGUUCCGCAUCACGACUACUUCAGUGCCCAAUUCUUGCUCUCUCUGAGUACACCCACUGUGUAUCACGUGACAGUGUCUACUAGCGUGAUUGAUAGUUCUGGAAUACCGUGGAAUACAGGCCCUCAGAGCUCAUUGCAGAUUAAAGCUUCAGAUAAUACAGCCAGAAAACAAAGAACUUCAAGAUCUUAGUGACCAUGGAACGACUAUCAGCGAUAAUGAAAUAUAGAAGUAUUUCAUGUAAAUGUGAAAUGAGAUAUGUUUUGUAGUCAAGAACUUCUUAGGGAAAUAAAUACAGUAUAUAAACAAC